AGCAAGCAGAGCUCAUCUGUUGCAGAGCGGCCAUUUAAAGGCAUGAGCUCCGGGUUACUGAGGCUGGGACUGCAGCUUCGUCCUGACCGGCUAGUGUCCUGCCACAGAGCAUGGAGAAAACAUUAUUCUGCUCAAAGUGGAGCUCUCGAACAGGCCGUAGCAGCUUUCCGCUCAGUCAUCGGUGAUGAUGGUGUGUCUAUGGGUUUAGCAGUGCGAGAACAGCAUGGGAGAGAUGAGUCGGUGCACAGAUGUCGCCCCCCAGAUGUUGUUGUGUUCCCCCGGUGUGUGGAGGAGGUCAGUGCUCUAGCCAAAAUCUGUCACCAUCACCGAUUACCCAUCAUCCCCUUUGGCACAGGAACGGGUCUGGAAGGAGGAGUGUGUGCUGUGAAGGGUGGUGUGUGUUUCAGUCUCAGGAAGAUGGACCAGGUGCUAGAUUUGCACCCGGAGGACUUUGACGUGACCGUGGAGCCCGGUGUCACUCGUAAAGUACUCAACUCCUACCUGCGUGACACAGGCCUCUGGUUCCCCGUGGACCCUGGUGCUGAUGCCUCUCUUUGCGGCAUGGCUGCCACCAGUGCAUCAGGCACUAACGCUGUGCGCUACGGUACCAUGCGCGAUAACAUCCUCAAUCUGGAGGUGGUGCUGGCGGACGGGACAAUCAUACACACAGCAGGCAAAGGGCGACGACCAAGAAAGAGAGCAGCAGGCUACAACUUGACGAACCUGUUUGUGGGCUCUGAGGGGACGUUGGGGAUCCUGACCAAGGCCACACUCCGGUUGUAUGGCAUUCCAGAGGGCAUGGCGUCGGCCGUGUGCUCCUUCCCCUCAGUUCAGGCAGCCGUGGACAGCACGGUGCAGGUGCUGCAGGCCGGAGUGCCCAUCGCUCGCAUCGAAUUCCUGGACGAUGUGAUGAUCGGUGCCUGUAACCGCUUCAACUCUCUGUCCUACCCGAUCCUGCCGACGCUCUUCCUCGAGUUCCAUGGCAGCUCCAGGAGUCUGGAGGAGCAGGUGUCUAUCACAGAGGAGAUCACACGGGAGAAUGGUGGCUCGGACUUCGCCUGGGCUGAGGAUGAGGAGACACGCUCACGGCUAUGGAAAGCUCGACAUGAUGCCUGGUAUGCCGCACUAGCACUGCGGCCGGGCUGCAAGGCAUACUCCACCGAUGUGUGUGUGCCAAUCUCCCGUCUGCCUCAGGUCAUAGUAGAAACCAAAGACGACCUGAUCAGAAGCAAUCUUAUAGGUCCGAUUGCAGGUCAUGUGGGAGAUGGGAACUUCCACUGCUUCAUGGUGUUAAACCCUGAUGACCCUGAUGAAGUGCAGAGAGUUCACGAGUUCACAGAUAGACUGGCCAGGAUGGCUCUGUUAGUUGGCGGGACGUGUACAGGAGAACACGGCGUGGGUUUGGGGAAAAGGGCUCUGCUGCGGGAGGAACUCUGCCCUCGGACCAUGGAGGUGAUGCAAGGCCUCAAAGCCACACUGGAUCCCAAAAACCUCAUGAACCCUGGGAAAAUCCUGUAGGUGACCUUUGACCUGUGGUCAGAAGCAGAGAGGACAGAACUAAUAUGAGAGUACAUCUCUUCAUCUCAAAUGGUAGAUCACAUGUGUAGUGGUGGUGUUAGAACGUCACCCAUUUUAAGUAUCCUGAACACUAGAAUAUGGUUCUCAUAAGACGUCUUCUCUGUGGCCAAGAGUCUGUGUGUGUUACCCAUAAUCUAAUCAAAUGUGAUGCUGCGAAAUGGCAUUUGCUGAUUGCUAUAAAUGGCAGUGAUUCAGUUUAGCCUUUAAAUAAUUCAUUAUAAAGGACAGUGAAUCAAUUCAGCUUUUAAAUGAUUCACUAUAAAUGGCAGUGAGUCGGUUUAGCCUUUAAUUUAUUACAUAAUUUGAUAAAUUGUGACAUUAGCACAUGUUCACAUUUAUUAAGCAUUGUUUAAAUUACAUUAAAUCAGUUUUUGAA